AUAUUGAGGCCCAAUUAAGUGGCUCUUGUCACUAUUUUAGUGAGCAUGAGGUGGAUUGGUUUAAUGCCUUAAUCUCGUGUCAGUUAAUGAAACUUUGCCUGGCUGAUCUGAGAACGAAAACCGCUUUUGAUAUGGUAGAGCAGGAAUUACUACCAAAUGAAACAAAAAAUAAGGAUUAUUGGAUUGGAUUGAAUGGUUACGAGAAGUAUAGAUAUACCUAUAUUUCCGAUCAUUCAGCAUUGGAAUAUAUGCCACCGAACACCUCAUUAUCGCUCAGAAAACCCUGUGGUUAUAUAAAAAAAAAUGGAAAAUCCGAAACCGGCUCAUACACAUUGGCAACUGAUAAUUGCGGCAUGAAGAAACGAUUCAUAUGCUCCCAAGCCAGAAGGUGCAAUGGCAAUCCCACUGGCAGUUCGUUUAUUCCGGGUUGGAAAACGGAUCCUUGCAUUAUAGAAGAUGACAUUUUGGAUUUGCUUGGUCUCAAAGGGUUGGUACCAAAAUCUAAUAAAAUUCACAAGGGAUAAAAAUGUUAGCAUAAAUAAAGGAAGGUAUUAAUAUCGAGGGCA